AUGUCACCAAGUGACAAAAAACAUAGCCUUAAAAAAGAACUAGCACAUAUGAGGGAAUCUUUGAAUGAUUCACAUACAGAAAUACAAAACUUAAAGGAAAUAUUGAACGAAAUGACACUCUCUAAGCAGUAUUUGAUCAAUGAGCUGCAUGAAACGCAAUUCACUAACGUUAAAUUAGUAAGAAGAUUGGAUAAACAGAGGGAUUCCUUCGCAGAAGAGAACGAGCUAUUAAAGUUGGAAAUGGGACGGAUAAAGUCUUCCCUCAAGCUGAUGCAGCGAUCGUUACACGUAUCCAACCGCAAACUAGCUCGUCACAUGCGUGGCUGUGCCGGAACCCGGUUUCGACUGGGAGAGAUGUUCCUUCGGAUGCGGUCUACCAAGCGUCGGCACGAAAGACAUCGGAAUCGCUACCAACAGAUGUGCCUUCAGUUUGCUGCGUACGUUCGGGAACAGAAUCGCUACAUGCUGGCCGCGGUCGAGGCAAAACUUAGCAACGAGAGCAUUAGCGCCUGCCACCGGCAGUAUCUGGAUCUGCUGACGCGAUGCUCCCAGCUGUUGCAUGAAAAUAUGAACCUUAGACUGCUGGCAAUGAACCAGUCGGAUGAAGCUGAAGACCAGCCAAAUAGAGGCUCAGACGGCGAGAGUACAGUGGGUGAAACAGUUGAGAAAAACCAAGAUACAACAGAAUCCGAAGAAACUAUAUUUAAGAAGUACAUAAAGGCUCCGGAAAGGCAACGGCAUCACUCAAUAUAAAA